AGAGAGAGGGAAGGAUGGCGGAAGGUAGGGAGGGAGGGAGAGACUUUCAGGGAGAAUGAGAAUGCUGUUGCCGUGGGGAUGCACUUUUUCCUUGCCAGAACAAUCCUCCAGCAGCUCGAGCCAGGCGCCUAGGCAGCCAACAAGGGGAUGAGCUCUCCAAAACCGCUCUCAGCUAAGGACACUCAUCUCAGCUCCAUACAAUACAGAUACUUUCCAGAUCAAUGCAGCGUCAUAGCAGGGGAGGAAAAGCUCUCUCUCUCUCUCUCUCUCUCUCUCCUCGCUCUCAUUCAAGGGAACAAGAGGCAGCAUGCUUGAACGCAAGUGAACGUUUUCUGCAGUGAACAAGCCUUAACGGAUUUUUUUUACCGUUACUGCUACCUCCAAACUGAAACCUUCUCUCCAACCUUUAUUGAAAAAUUCGACGGAUUGCAGCGAGGGCAUGUGAAGAAGGGUGCAGCUGCCGCCAUAUGCGAGUGUAGAGCUACAUCAGGGAAAAAACAUAACCUAAUGACUGCAGUGCGUGUGUCAGCCUUUUUAACUGGGCUCCACGCAGGCAAAUGGACAAGCAGUGACAGAAGAACAUCAGAAACAGGAAAAAAUAAGUGGAAAAACUGAAGGGUAAAGGAGAGGAGAGCAUUUGAAAAGACAGUGGAAUUUUCACGCUUACCACCCCCUCCCUUUUUCACCCCUCUCCCCUGGUUUAGUGCAUGUAGGCUUUCACCAGGGAGAUUUAUAAUAGGUAUUUAGUGGUGGCAUCAAACGACAAUUUCCAAGGACUAUCUGCGGACAGAGCGUCAACAAGGCGCAUGCGUCAAAACUGGAAUGUUAUCCUAGCCUAAAGCUCUAUUGCUUCAUAUACGCCUCUGUGGAUUUAUUAGUAAUCAUUUUGUUGCUUAUCUUGUGUUUUCCACCAAAAAAAGAGAGAAAAACUCAAAAGGAUUUGCCUUUGGAUACAGGAGUACAAUAUAUGCACCUAUGUUAUAAAAAAAAAAAAAUGGACCUGUAAAUUCAGUGAGGUAGGUCUCUGGUCUUUCCAACCCUUUUAAUACAUUCAGUCUGUUAUUUCCUUCUAAUUUAUUAAUGCUUGACUUCUGCCCACUGAACCCAUCCCUUUUGCUCUCAUACACCUUUCAUUGAAAAUUACCCCACCCCCAGUACUGUAAAUGGAAAACCGAGUGAGAGUUUUGCUUAACCCUGGGUAGGGCUAGCUCUCUUAACUGGACACAAAUCCCUGCUGUUAUUCCCUUUUUACCUCCAUCCUCCCCAAACUUGCUCCCUCCCAUCCCCAAGACCAUGUUGAAAUAUGAGUGUGCCACAACAUGAGUGUCCUGGAGCGUGUAGCUGCACAUCGAGUCAGGAAAGCUGCCCUGCUCUUUGUCAUCUGUCUCAUGGUGCAAACAUAUGUGGAGGAGGUGGUGGGUGCACUUGGGACUCAGGGUUGCCCCCCUGUUUGCUCCUGCAGUAACCAGUUCAGCAAAGUGGUGUGUACCCGCCGUGGCCUCACUCAGGUGCCCCCUGGCAUUCCCACCAACACAAGACACCUCAAUCUAAUGGAGAAUGCCAUUGAGGCAGUGCAGGCUGACUCCUUCCGCCAUCUCCAUCACCUGGAGGUGCUCCAGUUAGGACGCAAUGCCAUCAGAGAGAUCGAAGUGGGAGCUUUCAAUGGGCUGAACAAUCUGAACACCCUGGAGCUCUUUGAUAACAGACUGACUGUGGUGCCUAGUGGGGCCUUUGAAUAUCUCUCUAAACUAAGGGAACUGUGGCUCAGAAACAACCCCAUUGAAAGCAUCCCUUCUUAUGCCUUUAAUCGUGUGCCCUCUCUCAUGCGACUGGACCUAGGUGAGCUGCGAAAGCUUGAGUACAUUUCUGAAGGGGCCUUCGAAGGUUUGGUCAACCUCAAGUACCUCAACUUGGGUAUGUGCAACAUCAAAGGGGAUAUUCCCUACCUGAACUCACUGCUAGUCCUGGAGGAGUUGGAGAUCUCUGAGAACUUUUUCCCCGUGAUCAAGCCCAGCUACUUCCGAGGACUGACUUCACUUAAAAAGCUAUGGAUCAUGAACGCUAACAUAGGACUAAUUGAACGUAAUGCAUUUGAUGAUCUGUCAUCACUGGUAGACCUAAACCUAGCCCACAACAACCUGAGCUCUCUACCCCAUGACCUGUUCUCCCCACUGAGGACCCUGAUGGAACUGCACCUCCAUCAUAACCCCUGGAACUGUGACUGUGAUUCACUCUGGUUAGCACGGUGGCUGCAUCAGAACAUCCGUACAAACUCAACCUGCUGCGGCAGAUGCCAUUCACCUGCACAUAUGAGAGGCCGUCGGCUGGUGGAUGUGGACCAAGGAGACACAGAAGCGAUGCAGUGUUCGGCGCCCUUCAUUUCAGAUGCUCCAAGAGACCUUAAUAUUUCAGCUGAUCGAGUAGCAGAGUUUCGGUGUCGAACAGCAUCUAUGUCAUCGGUGCAGUGGUUUUUACCAAAUGGAACUAUACUGACACACGCAACAACUCACCCACGCAUAACUGUUGUUAAGGAUGGGACUCUAAACUUCUCAAAUGUGCUGGUGAGUGACACAGGCAUGUACACCUGCAUGGUGUCCAACGCAGCAGGAAAAUCCAAUGCUUCGGCUUAUCUGAAUGUGAGUGCAGCAGAGCUCAACACAUCCAACCUCAGCUAUUUAACCACAGUUACAGGAGAAGUUCUCAACCCAAUGUCCAACAUGCCCAAACGCCAGACCACUACAGAAACAGAUCAGAGCUCCACAACCACUACUUCACCUUCAGUCUUUCAACCAGUUUUCAUUUCAACACCAACAGUCAUCCUCCAAAGCACUGACGUACCACCUAGCCGCCUGCCAGCCAUGUCCACAUCUAAAGUGACAACAGAGAAACCGUCCAACUCUGCCAGUCUGGAUGAGGUGAUGAAGACUACCAAGAUCAUUAUUGGCUGCUUUCUGGCAGUAACACUGCUAGCAGCAAUCAUGCUUAUUGUGUUCUAUAAACUAAGGAAGCGCCAUCAACAAAGGAGCACAGUUUCAGCAACAAAGUCUGUAGAGAUUAUUCAGGUAGAUAAGGAAGAACUUCCACCACCCGCAUCUGCUGCCAGUAUGUCAGGAGAUGGGACGGUGAAACUACCAGUGAAUGACCACAGCAUUCACAAAUUAGACUACAUCACCCACAAAUUAGACUAUACCUACCACACACCUGAUUCCAAAACAGAUUAUAGCAUCCACAAACCCAAACCUCAUUUUAGCAAAUCCAAACCUAAAUCAGAUGAUACUAUAGACAUUAUGAAGAUGGACGACACUAAACACCUGUCCAAAUUUGAUUACAACACACUUGAACACUUGGACUAUAUCUCUCAAAAUCCUUCGACAAACUAUACGCACAAGUCACUGCCUGAUUAUCACAUACACAAAAAAACUGACCACAGUUCAUACAAACCUGGAUACAGCACUUACAAACCUGACUACAGAUCUCAAGCAGUCAAACUGGACUUCUGCCCUUUCAAAUCAGAUUAUAGCAUUCACAAACCCAAAAUGGACUACAGUAUGCACAAGCCCAGAUCUGAUUACAUUCCUAACAAAUGUGGCGUCAACUACAGCCAGAUGGAUUGUAGUCAUUUUGAAAAAGACCACAGUGCAUUCAAGCCAAAAUACAGAUCAAUCACAGCAGAAUACUUUAGUCACAAACAAGACUUGAGCCCCCCAAAACCUGAGAUGGAUUACAGCCAGCGGGAGAUAAAAUACAGCACUCAGAAUUCAUACAAGCCUUGGGGACAUACAAAUAAAUGGACAGAAAACAGCAGCACUGGAAACUCCCUUCCACGAACUUUACACAGCAUCAGUGUGCCUGAGCCCUUCAUCAUAAAAACACACAACAAGGAGAAAGUGCAAGAGACUCAAAUCUAGCCCUGAUCUAAAAGAACGCACCAACCUGAAACACACAUGUGCACACAGACACACACACACACACACACAGGGUGGGUUCUUUCAGAGAGAAGGAGAGACAGAGUGAGUGAGUGAGUGAGUGAGUGAGUAUAUGUGCGUGUGUGUGUGUGUGUGUGUGUGUCUUGGGAAAACCCAUGGAGUGCUGGCAAAAACACAAAAAUAAAAAUGAAAAUUGACCAAUACUGAGCUUUUCUGCCCAUAAUAUAUAAUGUACAAUAUAAAAUAUUAUUCUGCAUUAUUUAAUAUUAUUUACAUAAUAUAAAAAUAUGUAGAAAUAUUUGAUGCACUCAUUAGCAUUGCUUUGGCUAUGAGCAGAGAUCAGAUUAAUAAUCACACUGACUCAGUCUGAGCUAAGUGUGACUUCCUCAUAUAGUGAAUGUCAUUUUGAUCUAAUAGUUGGAAAGUUAUUUAACGAAGCGGACUCAAGCUAUUCAGCUCAUAAACAAAGCUCUGAAAUGAUCAACGAUACACCUGAGCACCACGGCAACAAAAACAGCACUUACUCAUCUAAGGUAAAACUUUAAAUUACCUAAUACUAAUGUGAAUCAAUUAGACAAUCAGUGAUUAUGUUCUUAUCAAUAUAAAAAGAUGAUGGUAAAGAGAAGAUGAGUCUUGUAUUGAAAAGAUAUAAGGGACGUUGUAAAUGAUUAGUGAGAGACUGAUGUAGAUGACGACUAAAGAGAUUUCUCAAUUCCCACUGAUAUUUUGAUAAAGUGUCACUACUCUUUAUUUAUGUGUUUUAUUCCUCAAAUGUUGAGGUAGGUAGGGUGCUUACUAUGGCCUGUCUGCUCAGGAUGAUCAGAUGAAAUCAGGUUAAGAUGUUUUCAAAUGAUAAUAUAGAGGUGAGUUCACAAAAACUCUACAAAUAGUUUAAACGUCUUUCCUAUAUAAAACAGCUUAUUAUUAAACCCUGAAAGGUUACUGUACAGGCUGGAUGUUCAGACAGCCUGUAGUUUAUGAAUAAAAACUGCUAUGUAGAUAGACCUAGUAUUGACUGUCAUAUUUUUAAUUUGCAUAUUUGAUUUACUACAUAUUAGAGUUCAUUUAAAGAAGAUGAAUACGUGACAGCUGCUAUUAGACCAUACGUGUAAGGAUGUAUUUCAGUGGAAUUAUAAAUGCAGAGAAGUGCAAAAGAAACAGUUCAGGAAAAGGUGUAUGUUUUUGAAUUUCAUGUUUUAAAAACGCCAAAAAUGUGAAUGACUUUCCCAGGACACCUCAUACACACACACACACACACACCUUUGUGCGACCUUGGGCUGGUGACAGAGAAGUUGAACAUACACAAUGAACAGUUGUUUAAACGUCUAUUUUCUACUUUGUACUGGUCAGUUAAAGAGGAGUUGUGUAAAAUGUCACUAUGAAAUGAAGAAAUGAGGGUCGUGUUUUCACAGGACAUUCUGUGGAAUUUCUUAACCAUGCUAUAGAGAAUGCAGUAAACAAAAGAAAAAGUAUUGAAAUUAUUUAUAUUGAUAAGCUUUUCUUUAAAAGGAAAAAAGCUCUAAGUUGAUAUUUACAGAUUUAUCUUGUAAGCACCAUAAAUUUUGUACUGUGCCAAAUGUCGUAAAAAUGCAAUAAAAAAAUUAUUUUUC